AUGUCGACGUUCAGGAAGUUUGGGGCUGCAUUAUCUGACUCGAGCCUGCAAAACUUCACCUGUGAACUUACCUCUUGCGCUGAGCUAAUUGAACGUGAAGCAAAUACUAUGAUGCACGAGCGGAACGAAGAAGAGGCCGAGGCCAAUUCUAGAUUCAGAAAUGUCUCGACGAGGUUCUUCAGCUCGACCUCCAGUCAGCAGGCCAAUCAGCAAAGAUUUAUGACACGACAGCGAGUCCUGGACUUUUGCUGCGAGUAUGAUUACAUGGUCCCAUGGAAGCAAGUCUGCAAAGCAGGGAGCACGGAUUUGUUUCUCAAAUGUCCGCACUACAAAGCCUGGCGAGACCGCACAGAACGUAGUCCCCUUGUCUAUACCGCCAAACUUGGAGCUGGGAAGUCUGUCAUGCUUGCUAGUAUAGUCGAUGACUUGCAUCUUCAUGUUGCCUGCCAAGAUACGACGGUGGCGUUUUUCUUCGCCCGCUAUGAUGUUGCUGAGACAUUGAAAGCCCGAACUGCAAUCGGAUCACUUGUCAGACAGUUCCUGAGCCAGGUAGUGGAUCUGAGGCAAGCUUGUCAAGUGUUGGAAGCUACCUCUCACAGAAUCCCAUUUGAGAGAAUGUUGGGCCUACUUCAAUCAGUCCUAAAGCCUGACUUCAAGGCUUUUGUCGUUGUCGAUGGAUUGGACGAGAUGAGUACCGACGAGAGAGAACUCUUCUUGCGAGACCUCUAUAAUCUGAAAGCUUCGUUCCAACUGUCUAUCUGUUUGUCAUUUCGCCAAGAGCCCAAUACGUCACUGAAUAUUGGCCCAGCAUCUCGGUUCAAUGCGAAGAUAGUCCCUAUUCCCCCAAAUACCUCUGAAAUUGAAACAUUUAUUACAGAGGAACUUGAGAGGCGUCUUGAAUCACGGAGACUUGAGAUACGCGAUCCUAUAUUGCCGCUGGAAAUUCGGGAUUCUUUGGUGGAAGGCUCACAGGGGAUGUUCCUAUGGGUAGUCUUGCAAAUCGAAUCCUUGUGUGCCAUGCAGACCGAUGCAGAGAUACGACAUGCCCUGAACGACCUUCCAAAAGAUCUUUCUGAAACCUUUUCGCGGACUCUACAGCGAGCGAACAAACCAGGUAAUCUAUACCAGAAACGGAUAUUAGAGCUCAUCACCGUUGCUCAGCGCCAAUUGACAACCGAAGAGUUACGCGAAGCAUUGAGUGUGACUCCUGGUGAUACUAAUUGGAAUCCAUCCCAACUCUUGAACAAUAUCUACAGUACACUCACGUGCUGCGGAGGCCUGGUUGUUCUUGACGAGGAGGAGUUGACUCUACAUUUUGUCCAUAAUAGUGUCAAACAAUACCUCACCACUGGACUCAAUAAUUCAGCUGACAAUAUGGUUGAUCUUGUGAAUGCCCAUCGCAGGAUGUCGGACAUCAUCAUGACCUAUCUUUAUCGCGCAGAAUUUACAAAACAAGUCUCAAAACAGGCUAUCCCCGAAGUAAGCGCAAGUCUCGCCAUGGAUAAGAUUAUUUGCUCGACCGGCCACACUCUAAAUGAUUCAAGCAAGUUGGCCAUGAAGCUUCUCAGAAAGAAGACUCCAUUGAAGUUCAACAUUGCAAAGCCCCUUGCGAAUGCGUUGAACCCCUGGAAUACCUUUGAAAGGAAUGAUUUCCUGCAUAACUAUGCCAAGACAUUCUGGGCUUCUCAUCUUGCAUCGUCUCUACCUCUCUCAUCUCAAAUCACACCACUCUUUGAAAGACUAUGUGAUGGGAAUGUCUUGCUACCUAUCGAAUCUGAUGAUGUCAAGCGGCUCUUUCAAAGAGCCGUGGUAACCGGGUCUGUGGAACUUGCUGCACAUCUCAUUAACGCAUGUAACGCAAACGUCAACUGGAAGCUUGAUUCCAAUAGAAGAACGGCAUUACAUCUUUCUGUUAUGCAUAAUUUUGGCAACCUUACCGAGUUGCUUUUGAAUUCGGAAAAUAUUGAUGUGGGAGCAAUGGAUGUUGCCUAUGCGACUCCUAUGAGGCUCGCAGCAAAAAAGGGAUUCCCGCUAAUCUACCUGGCUGCAAAAUGCGGACAGCGAAGCAUCAUCGCUCAGCUGAUCAAACAGAGCCAGGAGGAACGAAACCAUCUGGUUACUAUGUGGAACACCAUUGAAAGAGCAGCCCUUGAAGUGCGCCCAGAGAUGAUCCAUCUUAUUCUUGAUGAAGAUGUGGUGCAACAAGAACAUGCAGAGAUCACCAAAUGUCUGCUCGAGUCCCAAAGGGUCCCCCCUCAAACAGUUUAUGGCCAUGAGAGUUCACGUUCAAGUCAUUCAGAGGCGCUUGGCAGGACGGUCAGUCCGAACGCUGCCACGCUUUUGCAUAUAGCGGCUCGGCUCGGCUGGGCGUGGGCGAUGGCCCUUGCGAAUGCUAUAGGAGAUAUAGAUUUCAACGAACUAGAUCCACACGGAUUGACGCCUCUACUACUGGCUGCUAAAUUUGGCCAGAAGGAUGUGGUCAGAGUUUUAAUCCAUAUACCUAAUGUGAACCUCCGCGCGACGGAUCCCUAUGGAAACACAGCCGUACAAUUGGCGUUGCAAUAUGGCCACCGUGACAUCGUGACAUUACUGUCAGGAUCAUUACAGUCGUAG